CCCGCCUGAUAUUGAUCCUCUACUUUCAUUUCUUCCCUGCCACGAGGCCCUACUCCAGCCUUGAUUGUCCAUCGGCAUCUCGUGCUUCCUACCUACCAAGCCUGUACCACUCUUUUGAAAUCCUUUGUUUCAUGCACUCCCUGCUGCCUCGACGACCGUUGUUCAGCCCGUGAGCCCAUCCGGGGCGGCAGGAGGGACAGACCGUAUGGACCGUGAACACGGCGAAAAUGCAGACACGGCUCUUCCACCCAGCCAUCGUCUUCGUCUGGUCUAUCUGCAUCGUCCUGGCAUCACAAGCGCCUUCGCUAGGCGGCCAGCAGAUCAAUGAAAUCAUCGGUGCACGUGCUGAAGAUUUCUUGCAACAUCACCAUCACCAUCAACACCACCAACAUCUGAAGCAAAAGAGACAAAACGGACGCAGUUCAACGGCAGUGACGGGCAUUCGGAACGCAGGCAUUGCACCCAGACGAGAAAUCAGAGACCUUGCGAACAGGCCCGACGAGUUCAAUCUUUUGCUCCUUGGCCUGACGAGAUGGAUGUCAGAGCCUCAGAAGCAGCACCUAUCCUACUACGAUGUAGCCUCAAUUCAUGGCAGACCUUAUGAAAUGUGGGACAAUGUGCCGCCACGCGACGGCCUGAACUCUCCUGGAUACUGCACUCACUUGUCAAACUUGCUGCUGCCAUGGCAUCGCCCAUACCUUGCACUUUUCGAGCAAACUCUGUUCGAUCAUAUCAUUGCGACUGUCAAUGAGUACCCGGCUGGACCGAUGCGUCAACGUUUCGCUAAAGCUGCGAGGAACGUACGCUGGCCGUAUUGGGACUUUGCUGCUACACCGGCGGAUGGUAGCAGUGUUUGGCCGGAAAUUAUUACACGAGAAACUGUUCCCGUCAUCAUGCCGAAUGGUUCUGCCACGAUCAAGAACCCGCUCAGGUCGUACAAUUUUCAUCCUGUGUUGGCAGCCGAUAUGUAUUACAAUCCAUUUUCCUCUUGGCCCGAGACGCUGCGAGCGCCGAAUGGCUUGACACAGAACGCAGUCAGCCAAAAUGCGAUAAUAGCGAAGCAAAUCGACAACCAGCAUAUUGGAUGGCAGAACCGGAUUUACAGCAUGCUAGUGCACUACGACAACUUCACCCAAUUCUCCAACGAGGCGUGGAAGGCUCGGGACCACUCCACCGCAGACAGCAUCGAAGCGAUUCACGAUACAUUGCACGGCAUCAUUGGUAAUGGCGGGCAUAUGACCUACCUGGACUACUCCGCCUACGACGCAAUCUUCUGGCUCUUGCAUACUAAUCUCGAUCGCCUAUUUGCCAUUUAUCAGGUCUUGCAUCCCAAUACAUGGGUCGAACCAAUGCGAGCUAUAUCCCAGUCGUACUGGAUCCAGAUCGGCGACCUGAAGGAUGCAAACUCGCCUCUGGAACCGUUCUCGAAGGACACUAUCGGCACAAAAUGGACAUCCAAUAUGGUAGUCUCUACCGAACAAUUUGGCUACAACUAUCCCGAAACCGCCUCGAAGAAUAUCAACGACGUCAGAAAGGCCGUCAAUCGGCUCUAUGGUGGCAAUGCCGCUUCUGGAGGCCCAAAGCGGAAACGCGAUCCAUUGCAAGCUGCCACUCACGGGGAGUUGAAAGCUGCCGCUGGCAUGACGGUCGAUGGGCAGCUUCGGGACUACGCAGCGAAUAUUAUCUCCAACAAACAUGCACUCGGAAAAUCAUAUGGCAUAUACUUGUUUGUUGGCGACUUCGACGACUCAGAUCCAUGCUCUUGGGGCACUUCCCCGAAUCUGGCAGGAGUGCAAGCUCCGUUCACAUCGUUUUCUGAAGGACCAGAUCCCAACAAACCAGGCAUCAAGGUCUCUGGAACCGUGCCCUUGACUGACGCGCUGCUCAGCAAGGUGAAGUCUGGCGAGCUCAAGUCCAUGGACGAGCAAGAUGUAGGACCGUAUCUCAAGGAAAAGUUGCAAUGGAGAGUGGCUACCUUCGACGACAAACCAGUGCCUUUGGAAAACAUGCCUGAUCUCUCCGUCGUCGUUACAAUGGCUUUGAUAAAACCUGCGGAAUCCGAGGAUGAGUUUCCCGAAAAGAGCGAGUUUCGAGAGCUGGAGCACAUCACGAAAGGUCGUCCUGGUGGUUGCUAGAACUGUCGGAAUUCGCGCGCAACAGAACCGGAAUCGCAACUUCAGCGAGCAUAUUUCCGUUCUAUCGGCUUCGCUGUACAGCUUUGCGAAGACGAAAACCACCGGAAAAAACAGCCUCCCGGCUGAGUGUGGGCAGGAAAGUAAUCAUUCCGAUGUCAGUAGAGUGAGUAGACACCAAUUCAUGUACAGAGUUCAUCCACCAGUCGGCCUUGGGCUUCAACUUUUUGCUAGAUCUUACAGUCGAGGGACUUGCGCCACCGACGCAGACUUUGCUCCCAGAUUGGGAACUUCGCCUGGCGCCGCCUCGAUAGUUCGUGCAGCAAAAUAUCGUAUGCGAAGCGGAGUUACGGAGUAUUAGAUAGCUUGAACCUUCCUCUGAUGCAACGCGUGGCCUAAUAAUGCCGUGUGGCUGUCGGGAUUUUCUCCAUGGGGAUACUUGCAGUCUACAAGAAGCCUAGUCGCAUUGUUUCUGAAAUGAGAAGAGAAUCAGCCGAGGCUAUAGCUGACCUCUUUGACCU